AUGGAAAAAGACGAACAACAAAUGAUGUCGGAUAACAAUAGAAAUUAUGAUAAUUGUCUAAAUGCAAGACAUUGUGUAAUAAUCGAUGGUAAUUUUGGUCGACAUGAAUUGUUUGUUAAUAUCCAUCCGUAUACCUUAAAUCAAAUUGCAGAAGUACGCAAUGCUUCUUUAUAUAAAACACGUGUUAAUCAAGCUAUGAAUUUUAUGGAUGAUGCAUCAAAUAUUCACUAUCAUAUCUUUUACAAUUCAUCUUGUAUGGAAAUUGAUGAAUAUUACAAGGCAUUGAAAGGAAUCUAUCCCGAAAGUGUAUGGUUACAUUCAUCAGUACAAAUGACAGUAGAUGAAUAUAAUAAUGGAGAUAGUAUUCGAAAAUUUAUAGCAGUCAAAUCUCAAUAUGAAUGUAAUUAUAUAUGGAUUAUACACGGAAUUGAAAAUUAUUAUGAAGAACUAAUUGAACAAUUAAAAUUUAAUAAUAAUUCUAAAGCAAUUAUUGCUAGUUACUCUUGGUUAGAAAAUUUAAAAGAUGGUUCAAAUCGUAUUGAAUAUUUAAUUGAUAAUAAGAUAAUGAAUCUAAGUGAAUAUCAAAUUGAACGAUUAACAGAUCAGUCAAAUUUGAAUGAACCAAUAGAAAUAACCACAAAAUCUAAGAAACAAAUGAGAAAACUGAAGAACAGAAUAAUAUGUAGUUUUGAUGAUUGUAAGAAACGUUUUAAGAGUGUGAAUGCUUUACAAAAUCAUUAUUUUUCUAAACAUCCAACUACUCAGCCAUAUAUAAACUACGAAGUAACAACGACAUCAACGUCUACGGAAGAAAACUUAAAGAAAAAUGCCAAAACUCAAACAAUACCAUGUGAUUAUGAUGAUUGUGAACAAUUAUUCGAGAAACUUCAAACUUUAUCAAGGCAUCAAAUAAAAACUCACCCAAUUUGGAUUCGAUGUCCAUUUAGUGAAGAAUGCUUAAGUUCAAACGAAAGAUAUUUAGGUUUAGAUGAGUUAUUAAGUCAUAUUCUAUCUGAGCAUACAGAUUCAUUUCCACAACCAAUCUGUCCUAUUGCUAAGUGUCGACGUGAAAAAUACUGGCGCAAUUGGUUUUCUGUACUACAACAUAUUCUAGGAAAACAUACAGAAUAUUUAUUAAAUGAAUCUAUUCCGAGCAUAAGCGAACAGCAAUCAAUAAAGUCUGAUAUGAAUGCUAGUUCAGAGCAAACAACACCCACGACAAAUGGCAUUCCAUCUUGGGUAUUAGACGAUCCGCUAACAUGUUCAUAUAAUGAUUAUCAUCGAUCGUAUCGAGAUGAAGAAGCUUUGAAACGACAUGAAGCAUAUGAGCAUCCCGUUCCGCUUCAAUGUCCAUUUACUUUAGAAUGUCAACAGUCAAGAAAAAAAUAUUUUGGUUUAUGGAAUUUACGCAAGCAUAUCUAUUCAAAACAUGCACCAAUGUUUUCUCAACCCAUAUGCUUUGAUUCUGAAUGUAAAUGGAAAGAAAACAAACCAUUCCAAAGUUGGAAUCGUGUAUUGAAGCAUAUCUUAGAAAGACAUUUGGAAGCUGUUGGAAUCAUUGUAAAGUCGGCAACAUCAUCAUCAACAAAGGAUAAACACAAAAUAUUUAAGAAAUGUAGUUAUGAUAAUUGUGUUCAAUUGUUUAAAACAAGAGAAACGUUUCAAUAUCAUCUAGUUACAUGCCAUCCAUUUCCUCUUCGGUGUCCAUACGAUUCUAAACAUAAUAAACUCAUUCAGGACGCUAAGAUUUAUUUAGAAUUAAUGGACUUAGAAAGACAUAUUAAGAUCGAACAUUCACAAGAAUUUCAAGAACAACUAUGUUUUAAUAAUAACUGUCAAAAGGAGAAACACUUUCAAGAUUGGAGUACAUUAAUGAAUCAUAUUUUAAUAAAGCAUUGGCCAGAUAUUAGAUCAAACUGA